AUGAGCAGCGGCGACGGCAAUCAGGCCGGCGGCGCGGGGCGAGGAGGAGGAGGGGGAGGGGGAGGAGGACCCGUGCCGUCCUCGGGAUUUCCGUCUGCCGGCCGGCCCAUGGGCAUGGGCGCGCCGCCGUCCACGUCAGGCUAUGCGAGCGCGCCUCCGCCUCCCAUGGGGAUGCGAGCCAUGCCUCCGCCAGGCAUGCCAAUGCAUCACUUCAUCUUCAUGCGCCCUCCCCCGGGAGCCCCAAUGCACCACUUCCGCCCGCCCCCCGGCGCCUCCCCCCUCCCCUUCCCCUUCCCCGGCAUGCCCCGCGCGCCCAGCCCCUUCCCCCACGCCCUGGCGCGUCCGCCCUCCCUUCCCCCGCCCAACAUGCGCCUCCCCGCGCCCCCGCAUGGGGGGGGCGCACCUCUGAGCUCGUUCCUGGCGGCUGCUGCGUCAAGGGGAGGGGCGGGCGCGGGGGGGAUGGGGGGAGCGGGCGGGGAGAAGGCGCAGACGACUGUGUACGUGGGAAAGCUCGCGCCCUCUGUGGAUGACACGCUGGUGGUGAAGCUGCUGGAGCUGUGCGGGCCGCUGAGGAGCUGGAAGCGGGCGUCGGACCCCACGAGCGGCAGCCCCAAGGGGUUUGGGUUCUGCGAGUUUGACACGGCCGAUGGGGUGCUGCGCGCCCUGCGCCUGCUCAACCGCCGCGAGAUCGACGGCCAGAACCUGCUGUUGAACGUGAAUGCAGCCACCAGGGAGUACCUAGAGCGUGUGGUAACUUCCAGGAAAGCCUCUUUUGCCGCCCUCGAAGCUUCCAGGAAAGGGGUGGCUGACCAGGGCAGGAAGGGGGGAGGGGAGGGAGAGGGCGACGGGGAAAAGGCGAAUGGGAAGGACGAGAAGAGUGAGGAGGGUGAUGGGGUGAAGGCAGGGGAAGAGGGAGGGGAGGCGAAGAAAGAUGAGGAGGGGAAGGAAGGGAGCAAGGGAGAGGGCAAGGAGGAUGAGGAGGAGAGGAGGAAGGAGGAGGAGGCGAGGGUGUUUGGGCUGGUGACACCUGAAGAUAAGGACAAAGAUGAAGCUGCCUUGGCGAAGCUCAAUGGCAUGCUGCAGGAGAGAGUGAAGCUGCUGCCACCACCACCGCCACCGCCUCUCAAGGACAGCAGCAAGGAGGUUGACGCGUCUGCUGCUGAAUCUAGUGAACGAGAAGGCGAUGGGCACAGGCGGGAGGGCAGAAAGAGAGAGAGGGAAGAUGCUGAUUCUGACGAUGAUGCUGGGCACGAGCGGUCCCGGCAUAGGGAGAAAGACAGGGACAGAGAGAGAGACAGGGAGAGAGACAGGGGUGAUGAGCACGAUAGGGAGAAGGAGAGAGACGGGGAGAGGGAGCGGGAGAAGCCCAGGGAGCAUAAGAGUGCCAAGGAGAGGGAGCAGCGGGAGAAGGAGCGGGAGGAGAGGGGCAAGGAGAGGGAGUAUGAGCGGUUGGAGCAGAGGAGGGAGAGGGAGAGGGGCCGCAGGGAGCGAGACAGAGAGAUCAACAUACGAGAGCUUGAUCGGCUGAGUGAUCAGAGGGAGAGAGAGAUGGAGAACAAGGAGAAGGAGAAGGACCGAGCUAAGGCGUAUGAGAGAGAGCGAGAGCGGGAGGCGGAGAGGGAGAGGCGGGCGCUGAUUCGGCAGCAGGAGGAGGAGGAUAGUGAGGAGGAGGAGAGGAUUUAUAGGAGGCGGGUGAGGGAUGGGUAUUGGGAGGAGAGGAGGCGGGUGCGGGCGAGGGAGGAGGAGGAGGAUGCGAAGGACAGGGAGAAGGAGGAGAGGGAGAGGAAGGAGGCGAAGGAGAGGGAGGAGCAGCAGAGGAAGGAAGCAGUGGCAUUUGUGAGUGAGGCUGUGGGGGAGGCGAGUGAGCUGCUGGUGGGGCAAGCUGCUGCUGGAGCCGGUGUGGAGGCAGCAGCACCAGGGGAUACGGGUGAAGGUGGGGUGGGAGGUGCCCACGGAAUUGGAGGAGGAGAUGGGUUGAUCAAGAGCGAAGCGACCAAUGGGUUUGCUUCAGCAGAAGCAGAGGAUACAGAAGCAGCAGCAGUACCUGCCACUGCUGCUCUUGCUGCUGCGCCGGCAUCACCACCACCAGCGCCUGUCCCCCCGCCCCUCCCCGAAGUGAAGAUCUCUCUACCCAGUUUAGCUGACCUCCUGCCGUCCCUCCACCCGCCCUCUGCCGCCGCUGCUGGGUCCCCUGGGGGGGCGCCGGCAGGGCAGGUGGCGGGAGGCGAGGGAGCAGGGGGGUCGCGGCAGGGAGGGAGGGGCAGAGAGUCGGAGGUGGAUGCGCUGGUGCGAGCCGUGGCUGCCCAUGCCAAGGACAGGGAGGGGCGUGCAGCGCCAGCACCGUCCAAAAAGUCGCGCACACUGGCAUCUGUGUUCGGCGCGGAGGAGGACGAGGAGGAGCUGGCGCGCAAGAAACUACGGCCCCUCGUUCCCAUCGACUAUGACGAUGGUGGCAGUGAUGCUGCUGGCGCUGCUGCCGGUGCUGGUGGGCACGGGGGUUCCCCUUCACCUUCCCGGGCUGCAGCGAGUGGUGGUGCGGGUGGAGGUCUGGCGGCCAGCAUUGCUGCGGCGGCUGAGUUUGCCAAGCGGCUGUCUCAGGGAGGCGGGGCAGGCAAGGACGAGGAGAGGAGGAGGAGCGGAGGGGGAGAUGCGGGUGCGGGUGGGGGAGAGAAGGAGAAGGCGAAACCGAAGGCGGUGGUGGAUGUGAAGUCGCUGAUUGACUCCAUCCCCAAGAGCAAGGACGAUCUCUUUGCCGUGCCCAUUAACUGGACCGUCUAUGAUGAGAGCGCGCUGCACCAGCGCAUGCGGCCGUGGGUGGCGCGGAAGAUCCAGGAGUUCCUGGGAGAGGAGGAGCCCACCCUUGUGGACUUCAUUCUCUCCAAGACGCAGCAGCACGUGGGCGGGGCGGCGCUGCUGGGCCUGCUGGAGCCGAUACUGGACGAGGAGGCGGAGAUGUUUGUGCUCAAGAUGUGGCGCAUGCUCAUCUUUGAGAUCAGGCGGGUUGAGAUGGGACUCACGGGGAAGGCUGGUGCUAAGUAG